AUGGACAGCACAGAAAAGCGCGUUGCAAUAGGAAUGCGGAGAGCCACCAAGGCAACGGUCCCGGCAUGGAAUCAGCAGCCGUCCCCAUUCUGGAACUCAUGGCUGGCGAAAUUUUACCGCACCAUUGCCACCGCAUCUGACGCAGAAGGCAGUCAGCGGCUGGACCUCCGUCGCAGAGAAGCGCUGCGCGAAGCAUCCAAAAGCCGCUGGCGCACGCUCCGCUCCGAGCUCGAAAGCACCGACGGCAACAGCCGGCAGGUAGUACGCCGUGUGUGCGCCUCCCGUUCCUCGAGCACGCCAGCCGGGAAAUUCGAUGGCCCAAUGCUCAGCAGACACCCGAAGGUCAGCCACCUCAUGAAGCGGUAG